AUAUCCUCUCAGAUACGAGUAGUAAAGUAAGCUUGCAGUAAAUCCCAAAUACAGUAAACUUGCACUACUUGCAGAGUUGCAGGUGCUUAAGCAAGGUUUGCUUCUUUUCUUUACUUUCUAGAAAACAUUUCACGGGAUAUCUGUGAAACAGAGAGAAGAACAAGAAAAGUGAGAAAGGUAGAAGAAGAAGGAGAAAUCAAAGAAAAAUAUGAUGAAGAUUGAGAAGAAGAGUCUAAUAAUCUGCAUAGUUGUGGGUUUUUUAGGGCUUCUUGCAGCUGUUCUUGGUUUCGCUGCUGAGGGUAAAAGAAUCAGAGCUUCCCAAGUUAAUGAAAUUCAACCUGGUAUAUGUGCUUACCCAAGGAGUCCAGCUUAUGGGCUAGGGACAAGUGCAGCGGUUGCCCUUCUAGCUGCUCAAGUUAUUGUUAAUGUUGCAAGCGGUUGUAUUUGUUGCCGACGAAAUCCCUAUACUUCAACUGCUCAUUGGACUCUUGCCCUUACUUGCUUUAUUAUAUCCUGGUUCACCUUUGUUGUAGCAUUUCUCCUACUCCUCGGUGGCGCAGCCCUCAAUGAUCAACACGGUGCUGAAAAUGCGUACUUUAGCUACUACUAUUGCUAUGUUGUCAAGCCUGGUGUCUUUGCAGUGGCUGCUGUGUUGUGCCUUGCAAGUGCUACCCUUGGCAUCUUGUAUUAUCUAACCAUUUCAUCUGGAAAGGACAAUCUAUUCGGAAACCCUGCUGCUCCCAAUCAGAGUGGCAUUGCUAUGGGCCAACCUGAGGUUCCCCCUACUUCUCAUAAUCCCGUGUUCGUGCAUGAAGAUACGUAUGUGAGGCGACAAUUCACCUGAGUAGUCAAUACGAAAUUAGCACCUUCUUUUUCUUCUGAGUCAGCUAGCCGUCCUUGACAGGCUGAAUUUUCCACGAGAAUGAUCAGGUUUUAGGAAUUUCUGUUUUCCCUCUAUUUUGGGAAAUUUCUAGUGCUCCCCACCCCUCCUUCAAAGAAUAUAUAGCUAGCUAUUGUAAAUACAUUUGGGGGUCUAUAUAAUGAUCAUUGAGCUGCUUCAUUAUCACUCGCAGCUGCUUGAAUAUUUGUCAAAGUUGCAGUAAGCUAUUUGUGACUCGUUUGAUCA